AUGUCUUCACUUCGAAACUCGCUACAUCGACGCAAUCACAAGGAGAGAGGUCAACUUGUCAAUAGGAAGCGAUUGGGGCUCCUCGAGAAGCACAAAGACUAUGUUCAGCGAGCAAAGGACUUCAAUGCGAAGAAGGAAAAAAUCAAGCGGCUAAAGGAGAAGGUUGCCGAUAGAAACAAGGAUGAAUUUUACUUUGGAAUGGUGAACAAGAAGACCCAGGGAGGGCAACAUUUCCAGGAUAGAGGAAACGCUGCACUACCUGUCGACAUUGUCAAAGUACUCAAGUCUCAGGACGAAGGAUAUCUGAGGACCACCCGAACGACGAAUCUCAAGAGAAUCGAUGCUUUGAAAGCCCAAAUAUCUAAUAUUCUAUCGUUCCAUGAUCGUGAAGAUGACGAAUACCUCGAGUUGGUCGACGAGUAUGCCGACGUGCUCGAAAAAUGCGGGUUGAUGGUACGACCGCAGCGACGAAGGGCUCCAACGAAUCAUAUCGUCUUUGUCGAUAACGAAGCUGAAGCUCGGAAUUAUAUUCCUCCUCAGAUCGCGGAGAAUUCGGUUGAAAGUUUUGUGAAAACUUCCCCCCAGGAUCUCGGCUGGAAGACUACGGAGAACUCGAAGAAACCUGCAGUCAUACCUCGAGCUGAUGUUGCAAUGUCUGAUUCGCCAACGGUACUGGAGCAAUUGCUUCCCGAACUCAAAGCUCGCUUAGAACGAGAGACACACAUCUUGUAUGCGCUGCGAGAACUUGAGAUGCAACGCGCUCUCAUGGGCAAAGGCGCGUCCAAGAAGAUUCGCGGCCCCGAGCGAAUCGAGUCGGCGGAUGACCGUGAUGACGAAAUGGACGAGGACGAGCGAGAUGCCAUGAUCGCAAAGCGAAUCAAGGAAAAGCCAAAAUCGGCCCCUGAGCUCUCCGCGUACAAGCCCAGGGUCUACAAAUUUCGAGCUGAGAGGAAGAGAUGA